AUAGAUAAAAGCUCUGUUUAAGAAGCUGGACUUACUGCGAUAUGAUCUUCGCCAAGGAGCAUUGUGAUUAUUCCUUUUGCGCUUAGAUUACUCAAAUUAGCGAUAUCACAGUGACGCAUCUUUCACUCAUUUAUCGGUUGUCGUACCUCAAAUCAGAUUUUUUACAUCCCUACAUAUCGUAGAUGACUUUAUGCAUGCUUGUUUUGUUGAACGCGGGAAGGCGCGUGCGUUCGCUGCGCGUUUAAAGUUAUUAGUCGCGUUAACAACCUGCUGGUAUAGUCCGCUUGCCUUCAGGAGCGCACAAGCUCAGGAGUAGCCUAUUGGAAGGUCUAACUUACUCCAAAACAAACCCUGAUAGAUUUAACAGAUAAAGGAUCUACUGGGAAAGCGUGAUGUGAAUGUAAGAUCGCAAAGUUAAGUCCUUUAUUUUACGCAUACAUUUUUGAGUAAAUCGUUACGCGUAAAAGUGAUCCAGAAGUGGUACAUAUGCAGAAUAACAUUCAUCUCCACAAGUCCCGAAGGAUAUCAGGCCAGGUGUUCACCUCAACUUCUCACGGAGCUUUGCAUCCCUCCAAGGACUUGGUUUGCUUGCGAUAAAGCCUCUCGUUAUCGGGUUAAGCUACCCAUCAGGAGACUAUUAUCAUUUCACAGUUUGUUAACAAAUUAAAGACUGAACAUGAGUAGGAAAACACGUCGCUGGAUUUUUCACAUUUUCCUCUGCUUGGGGAUUAUAUAUUUGAAGAUUGGCGGCUUUUCCUCCGUGGUUGCGUUGGGAGCGAGUAUUAUCUGUAACAAAAUUCCCGGUUUGGCCCCUCGUCAAAGGACUAUCUGUCAAAGCCGACCUGACGCUAUCAUUGUCAUUGGAGAAGGAGCGCAAAUGGGAAUCAAUGAGUGUCAGUUUCAAUUCAAAAAUGGAAGGUGGAACUGCUCGGCCCUCGGGGAAAGAACUGUCUUUGGAAAAGAGUUGAAAGUGGGCAGUAAGGAGGCAGCGUUCACGUACGCUAUUAUCGCCGCCGGGGUCGCCCACGCUAUUACGGCAGCCUGCACUCAAGGUACGCUCAGCGGCUGCGGCUGCGACAAAGAGAAGCAGGGCUUCUACAACCAAGAGGAGGGCUGGAAGUGGGGCGGAUGCUCGGCCGAUAUCCGCUAUGGCCUGAGCUUCUCGAAAGUGUUCGUGGAUGCAAGAGAGAUCAAGCAGAAUGCAAGGACGCUCAUGAACCUCCAUAACAACGAAGUGGGACGCAAAAUACUGGAAAAGAACAUGCGUUUAGAGUGUAAAUGUCACGGCGUAUCCGGCUCCUGCACCACCAAGACCUGCUGGACCACUCUUCCGAAGUUUCGUCAGCUGGGUUACAUCCUCAAGGAAAAGUACAACCACGCCGUGCACGUGGAACCGGUCCGAGCCAGUCGAAACAAGAGACCUACCUUCCUGAAGAUUAAAAAACCUUACUCGUACCGGAAACCCAUGGACACGGAUUUGGUGUACAUUGAGAAGUCGCCCAACUAUUGCGAGGCGGAUCCCGUGACGGGCAGCAUGGGAACGCAGGGCAGGAUCUGCAACAAGACUGCGCAGCAGCCCAACGGCUGCGAUCUAAUGUGCUGCGGCCGAGGAUACAACACGCACCAGUACUCUCGCGUGUGGCAGUGCAACUGCAAGUUUCUUUGGUGCUGCUACGUCAAGUGCAACACCUGCAGUGAAAGGACAGAAGUAUACACGUGCAAGUGAAAUAUUUAUUGGUGAGGUAUUUAUGCACAGCUCAAGGUAGAAAAAGAGACAUUUGCACAGAAAACUCGGGUCUGGUGGCGUCUCUAUUACCGCGAGUCGGAGAAAUCGCAUGCGAUGUAUGCAGCUUUGCUCCAGAGCUCUGCUGAGCGCUUUGGUGUUGGUACCAGUAGACACCUAACUGUUCCAGUACUGAGCAACGGGGCCAAGUAGCCUGCGAAGGCUUGAUCUGUGGGCCGUGAAAAGGUCGUGGUAGUGCGAAAGGCUUCCUCAAGGAAGGAAUUAACUUUUCCGACACAAAAAAUUGCAUGGACACAACACAGACUAUAUUUAACGUUUAAUUUAGAAAAAAAACAGCUAAUGUUAAUUUAUUUAAUAAGAAAACUACUGACUUUUUCCUCAUUGUGUUUACUAGCUUAGAUUUAGUAUUUCUCGUGUUCUGAUAUUGUGUUUUGUGUAGAAAUAAACUGAACGACUUUUACACUGUACAUUCAUGUGCUUUAGGGACGAACCUAUGAUAAGGCACAAUACAAAAACAGCAGUGCGCUGCACUCAAGGUAAUUAUUUGUUUCUGAAAGCAGAGACUACUGUCUUUAUGUGUUAUUAUAAAGUCUUUGUGCUGCCAUUUUAACCCUUUGUGUCAACACUUGCACAUAUGUGACCCUGUCUGUGAAAUCAUAAUCAAUUAAAGGGAUAAGGGACCAACAAAGUUUGAUUUCACAUUAAUUUCAAACUUUGACAUGACAUUACCUUAAAUAUAUCAAGUUUAUAUGUUCUUAAUUUUAUGUAGUAAACAGUAAAUUACAAGAAAAAUUGGGUUUUUACAGACUGGGUCACAUAUAUUCUUAUAUUGAAAUACACUGGAAUCAAGGCUAUUUCUUCCGAAGUGAACCAACUCACUUUAUUCCGAUUUGGUCCAUGUACCGAGUCAAAAGGCCAACUAAAACAAAAGUAUUUACAUUUGAAUUCAAAAGGUCUUUAGAACAAUGAUUUCCCACUUACAUAUAAACUUUAUGACCUCAUUUGGCACAAAGCUUUAUGCUAAUGAGGCCACAGGCUGCCCUCUCUUUUGGCUAAUAUUUGCUCUGUGGGCAGAGAAACCGAAUCAGUGAUAAAUUCACUGUGGAAUGAAAUAGCCGACAUACAGGAGAUGCCUCCACCUGCUACCGAUAUCGAAUGUUCAGAUCAGAUAACUGAUACUGUUAAUGCUAUACAUUAUAGGUAAUAUAACACUUUUGCUGCUAGUUCUGUUCUGUUUCGCAACAGUGGUUAAUACUAGUGUUUUGCGCGUUGUGAGCAAAUGUGGUUGUCCAGACAGAUUGUCCCAUUGUGUUGACGUAUAUUUUGUAAGAGAUUAUUUUUAUAUGAGUAUUUUAUUUAUUUUGUGUAAAUGAAAAUCCCACUACCCAUGUCCUUUAGAUGGACAGAAAUUAGGGAGAUAAGCUAAAAACAGUGUGAACGGGAUUGUGUCAUGGUACCAGCUUCAUCAUUUGUGUUUAUUUAAACUACAUUGUGUAAACUACGACUACAUUGCGUUUAUGAAGUAACACUCUCAUAAUGGUGUAGUCGGCCAUGUACGCGAUUUUACGAAAGAGACCACGAAAGCCAAUCACUGUAAAACGUUUAAGAUAGCAUUGUCACGACAGCGAUCCUAUUUGUGGGAUCAAUAAGGGAAACUAUAGUGAACUAAUCCUGGGAAAAAACUCUUUGGUACUGAGUGACUAUUGGAGAGUUUUAACCAAAGAAUAACUAAAUUUAGGCAUGAAUCUGUUAUUACAUCUUUGAUGUAAUAUUUCGCAACAGUCUGUGAUAUCAAUAGAUGUUUUGCCAUAUUGAUCGUACACUACAUGAUUGCGUCAUCAUAAAUGAUCGAAAAAUGUUGUGCAUUGUGUUUUGAACAGUGUUAAUAAAUAUUUCCUUGGCUUGCACCUUUUUUCCUGUUUAUUAAAAAUUCUUGUUAUGUGUUGUUAAAUCAUUAAAUCCUUCCUGAACUUCA